GUGCGGCGCUGGGGCGCGCGGGAGCACCGAGGGGCGGAGGCGGCCGCUUCACCUAGGGCGCAGCGGAGCGCCCGGGGCUGGCGCGGGCGGAGCCGCCCUGAAGGCCGCGCGUGUCCCCCGGCCUCGGCCCCGCCCCGCGCCGUCCAAUGAGAGCCCGCGGCCGAAGGGGCAGUCUGCACACUCGGCCCGCAGCUCCACUCCGCGCCUCAGACACCCCCCUGACACUGCACCUCGUGCUUGGGCAGCGCGCUCCAGACCCCGGGCACGGCGCGCCGUCGUCGGUUUCAGGACACGGCAACUUGCGCCCCUCUCGGGGACCCUGCGCCCUGGUUCCCGGACUCCAGAUGACCCUAGGUUCCCAGCCGCCGGCGACCUCCAUGGCCCCCCAGGGGGGUGAGGUAGGAGCAGCCUGAGUUCCGCCCCCAGCCCCAGACGGUGUCCCGUCCACGCCCCUCCGGGCUGCGUGGCCGGAGUCUUCGGGGAGCUAUGCUGAGGCCGGGUGGUGCAGAGGAAGCCGCGCAGCUCCCCCCUCGGCGCGCCCGCGCCCCUGCCCCUGCCCCUGCCCCUGCCCCCGCGCCCAGACCCGCGGCCCCCGACGGCUCCCCGGCUUCGGCCCGCCUAGGUCUUGCCUGCCUGCUGCUGCUGCUGCUGUUGACGCUGCCAGCCCGCGUCGAUUCGUCUUGGUGGUACAUCGGGGCACUGGGGGCCCGAGUGAUCUGUGACAAUAUCCCUGGUUUGGUGAGCCGGCAGCGGCAGCUGUGCCAGCGUUACCCAGACAUCAUGCGCUCGGUGGGCGAAGGUGCCCGGGAAUGGAUCCGAGAGUGUCAGCACCAGUUCCGCCACCACCGCUGGAACUGCACCACACUGGACCGGGACCACACUGUCUUUGGUCGUGUCAUGCUCAGAAGUAGCCGGGAGGCAGCUUUUGUAUAUGCCAUCUCAUCCGCAGGGGUGGUCCAUGCCAUCACUCGAGCCUGUAGCCAGGGUGAACUGAGUGUAUGCAGCUGUGACCCCUACACGCGUGGCCGACACCACGACCAACGUGGGGACUUUGACUGGGGUGGCUGCAGUGACAACAUCCACUAUGGCGUCCGCUUUGCCAAGGCCUUCGUGGAUGCCAAGGAGAAGAGGCUGAAGGAUGCCCGGGCCCUCAUGAACUUACAUAACAACCGCUGUGGGCGCACGGCUGUGCGGCGGUUUCUGAAGCUGGAGUGCAAGUGCCACGGCGUGAGUGGCUCCUGUACUCUGCGCACCUGCUGGCGUGCACUCUCAGACUUCCGUCGCACAGGUGAUUACUUGCGACGGCGCUACGAUGGGGCUGUGCAGGUGACAGCCACCCAGGACGGUGCCAACUUCACAGCAGCCCGCCAAGGCUAUCGCCGUGCCACCCGGACUGAUCUUGUCUACUUCGACAACUCCCCUGACUACUGUGUCUUGGACAAGGCUGCAGGUUCCCUAGGCACUGCUGGCCGUGUCUGCAGCAAGACAUCGAAAGGAACGGACGGCUGUGAAAUCAUGUGCUGUGGCCGUGGGUACGACACGACUCGAGUUACCCGUGUCACCCAGUGUGAGUGCAAAUUCCACUGGUGCUGUGCGGUGCGCUGCAAGGAAUGCAGAAACACUGUGGACGUCCAUACUUGCAAGGCCCCCAAGAAGGCAGAGUGGCUAGACCAGACCUGAACACAGACAGCUCACUCGGCUCUCCGUUUCAAGUCUCUCAACUCAAAAGCACAAGAUCUUUGCAUGCACACCUUCCUUCCACCCUCAACCCUGGGCUGCUACAGCUUCUAUUUAAAGACCGAGAGUAAUCCAGCAGGACCAUGGUGUCCUGGUUGGUUCCUUAGCCCUGGGAAGGAGUUGAUAGGAGAUAUAAGAAACUGAGUGGCUCCCUGGUAUCCCCGUCUGGAAGGAGAGUAGAAGAGGUAGGGGGUCUUCAGAGUGAUAUGAAUUGCACUAAAGUACCUGGUUGGGGCUCAUUUUUCUUUCCUUUGUACCAGCUUCCUAACACUUCUUAGGUGUGCAAAAGGAAAGGUAACUGGAGAAAGCUUCUUUUUGUUCCUACCUGGCUGAGGGUAGAUGGGACAGAGAUGAAACUGCAUAACCCUUCCCUGGAGACAGUUUGAGCAGAUUGCCUGGUAACCCCCCCCCCCCCCAAAAAAAAAAAAAAAUUCUAGGCUACAACCUUCCUCUGUUAUUGACAGCCUGGGAAUGCUCAACAAGUUAACCAUAGUGGACAAGGUUCCACUCACAUGCUCAUGUUUAUAAACCACUGUGUUUUGUAGGGGGAAAAAUCAUAUAACUAUAUAAACAGCUUCAUAUUCAUAUGCUGUCCCUCUGCCCUUUUCCACCUGUAUCAGACAGCAUGGCUUCUUUUGUUUACUUUCUGCCUCAAACUGAGGUGGCCUGCAGCUGUUCCCAUGCCCAACAGAUCAUGAGAAGACCCUGGAACACUUCUGGGAGAGAGUAAUUUAGCAAGGCUGGCUAGACCAUGGGGUUUUUGUCUUCAUACAUUAUUCUAGAGGUUAGCUAGGUUUGGGAAACACUAGGUAAUAGAUAGACAAUUCAUGGAGGGUGGGAGAGGCUAGACAAGCCUGAUCUCAAGUGCCCACAGAGGCACCAGUGUACCUAGGUAGGCAGGGAUCUCUGGCGUUGAUAAUUUUUUAGGAGAGGAUCCUAGACUUUAAAGCUGGGAGCAGGAUUCAAUGGCUAUCUGCAGAAGAGGAGCUGGAAAAAAAAAAAAGGAAAAAAAAAAAAAAGAAGAAGAAGAGGAGCUGGGACUUGGGGCUGAAGUGGUAGACAGGUUCAAAGGCAACAGCCUUCUUCCAUUUACUCUGCAAGUCCUUGUGAUUAUUAUUGUUUGCCCCCUGACUGGCUUACAUAGGGAUGGGUUCCUCCUGUGCUAUGACCUGUUGUCUAAAUAAGUUUGCAGGAGUGGAGUCUCUAGAGAUAGCAAUUUAGUAAGCUGGAGGGUAGGACGUGAUGUGUUUGGACAGUGGUUAUCUCUUGCAGGGUGGUAUAGAAAACGGUAGUUAUGACAGAACUGGGUUAAAAUCACAGCUGUGCCACACAGUUUUUGAUAUUUUAAGCAAGAUACUUAAAUUCUCCAAGCCUCUGUUUUUCCAUCUGUAAAAUGAGGGUGGAUACCUAUCUCAGAUACUGAGUUUUCAUUUUGCCCCACUUUUCAGCCAACAGAUACUCUUCCUGAAAGCCCCUGACUGGUCCAGCCCAUCACGACUUCUCAAGGAACUGUCUAAUUAGCAUUGAUAGCUCACUGAGAUUAAGGAGCCUGCCCAAGGGAAUCCUCUCCCAAGAUCCUCUCCAACAUUGCUUGGGGUCUGUGGAGUAGCGUCACUGCACAGGCAGCAGGAGGCUGGGGGAGUCAGCUCUGGGCCAUGGGGGCAGAUUUAUUUAGAUGAUAGGACUAAUAUUUGUAUAACCUGCUGAGACCUGUGUGGGAGAGUUUAGGGUGGUUUUUCUUCUGGUGAGGGGAUUUGCUCUGGUUUCACAUCCAUUAACACAAAACAUGAGCUAGUCAGAGCCCUUGUGGUCUGCGGUGAGGGUAUGCCUGUGGAGAAAUGGGACUGAGUGAGUCAGGCCAAGGGAAUGUCUUCCUUGCAGAGUAGAGUCAACUGGAUAACUGAUGAGCCAAUGGUGAGAUUAGGGAGGGGGAAACGGGAGGGAAACUGAAGAGCUUGGACAUGUUGGGCCAGGAUGAAAAAGAGAAAAGUGGGGUAGGGGGAGUAAGAGCAUCAUGGUCAGUCUGAACUUAAGAACAGGGAUGAGUGAAUUUACAGAAGGGUGCUGCCCUGUAGGCCUGGCUGUGGGGAAGAGCCUCAGACCCCAGCCAGCCCCUGCUCUCACAGGAACAUCUAGGCUGCCAUGUAAAUGAUGGCACAAGGCACCCACGGGAAGUCAACCCAAGUUAAAUCUACCUGUGCCUUAGUAUCUCUUCUUUGUUGGCUCUCACCCUGUAGAAGGAAAUGGGUAGGCCUCUUAUGGCAUCUCGGACUGCUCUCUCUGUUUUCCAGGGCUACAGUUACUCUAGCUCAUAAACAGGCAAGUUGUGUAAUUUCCCAUGAAUGGUUAGGAGCAGCCGUGUGUAAGACUGUCCAGAGAAAGAGAAGUUUGAAAAGUGAGGUGAAGAAGUGAGAGAAGAGGUGUCUGUCUGAGCCUAGUCUACUCCAGAGGCUGGGAGACCCCAAGAAGGAAUGAUGGCCAAGCAAUUAAUUUGUCCUCUUAGUGCUUAGCUUGCCUCUGCAUUCCAAUUGGCUUUAGACAACUGGCGUCCUUUCUUUCCUACAGAGACUGAUUUAUUUGGAACAAGUGGCAAGAUGAGAACUUUAUUUGGUGCAGUCAGGACUGCGUUAGUUCUGCUGCUACUCCUUCACGCUGCCUCUACUGGCCCCCUGUGCCAGCCCUCCCGUGUUUGACGGAGGCUGUUCCUCAGAUCAGGAGUGUCUCAGCCUCUCUUCCACUUCUUUCUGUUGAUCUUCAUUUCUUUUAACUUUUCAUAAGUAUGUAGGUAUAAUGCAUUGCAGUAAGUGUUAUUUGGAUGCAAAGUUAAAUUAAAAGAUACUAUCUCUGUCCUUUAAGGACCUGAGAAUCUUUGAGAGAAGGCACAUGACCCAAGUGCCUCAGCUGCUCAGCCUGUAGCCAGUUUCUGUUAUGUAAAAGAAUGCCAGCCUUAACCUAGCCCUGCAGGGAAGAGCCAGCUUUUCUUAUUACUAGCCCUGAAUAAUGGCACUAAGCCACACUCUUUCUCAUAGUGAUGCUGGAAAAAUGAAAUCAGGGACUUCAGAUUAAUUAGAGGAAUCUGCCAUUGCCCGGCCCCAAGGGUCUGUCUGCAAAGCGUGCAAGUCUAACUGACUACACACAGCCUCGUUUCUAUCCUCCCCAUUGCAGAGUAAUUUCUUCCCCUUUCUCUCACUUCCCUUAUCAAGAACACCCACCACUAAGUCCUUCUGCCAAAUUCUCAGACCCACUCAGGACAUAAGUUUCUACAUGGUUUAACAGAAGAGAGAUAAUCAAGAUUUUUUUUUUCUUCAGCCUUUCUGAAGUUAUUAUUUAAAUGCUCUAGUGGUCAGAGGGCAGAAGCCCAAGUUAGCUGAGGAAAAGGGAGGACGCCAGGGAGCGUAUGUUUCUCAUCCCUGGGAGGUAUUCAGCCUAGCUCCUGUAGCCAAAUUACAGCACCAGAGAACAAUGCGAUGCAUUCCUGGGCAGGUCGGUGGGACCCUGGGCGCCUGGGCCUUGUGGAGAGAGGUGCCAGACACAGAGCUCUCCGUAAGCAAUCCUGCAGAGCCGCCCCCUGGGUGCAGAAAUGAAAUACGGGAGAGCUUCACAUUACACAGAGACCUGUAGCUCACACCUGGUUAUUGAUGGCCUUGGUGGAGGCCUCUGCCCCCACCCUCCCCUUGGAAACUGCCUGCUACUACGGGGGUUGGGCAUCUCUGAGCAACGUUGGAAAGCAAGACAGAGGUGCUUCCUUUUCACUCUGCCCUCCCUGUCAGCCCAGGCACAGCCAUGAGGAUAUAUGCAUGAGGUACACGUAUGAUGUCCACACAUGGAACCACCCUCAGCUGCAGGGGACUGGUAGGUAUACUCUCCCCAACAAUAAAAAAGCCACUAGAUUUCAAUCGAUAUUUCAAAAGUCAUACCAACAGGAUCUUGCUAUAACCAAGGGACAUUACAAAGUCACAUCUCAUGCAGGCAGCUGGAGGUGGCAGGGGAAGGAUGGACAGAGGACAUGGAGAGAAGAGAUUUGUGGUGGAGAAGGAUCACCUAAGCAGAGUGGCUGAGACUGUACAACCUGUCAAGGCUGCUUCAUGCUGGAGACAGAUGCACACCCCGUGUACUGUAAAUGACAGGACCAUCUCAUGACUGCAUGAGGGAUGACUGCCGAGCCUACUGCUUGUGACCUGUAACUGUUGUUGGGCUCUGACUCAUUGGGAUAGCUGUGGACUUCAGGCAUAAUCUCCAUAAACGAGAGGCAAUGGAAAAGACCAGCCAGCUGCUUUGCUAGGGUAUAUAUGUCGGAGUUAAUGUGUGGAACUAAGCUUUCCCAGGAGCUGGUAUUCUCCUUGGGUGCUCAGCAGGUUUCCAGCAAUAGCCAGUGGGGUGUCAGUAAUACUCAGAUGCCUGUCCCUGAUCCCAAAGUUAAAAGGGAAAGGAGAGAGAGAGAGUUCAGAAGUUCAUUUCCCCACUUCCCAGUCAUGGCUUAAAUUAUCUCUGAGCAUCUUUGUGGCUAUUGUUCAUUUACUUAAGAUGUUUUCAGUCAUUCUGGAUCUGAGAAUGCAAGAUAAGCAUUCUCCCCUGGGCCCUCCAACUCAGAGCUAUCGUGGCUUUAAAAUUGCCUUUUCUCACUUCCAUUCUGCCCACAAAUCCAUGGAUGGAGCACUGGGACACGGGAGUUCUUUCUCCUUGGCCAAAGGAGGCAAAAAUCUGAUGACUCAGCUUCACACCACUGAGCCCUAGAAGCAGUCCUGAGCAAAGCGAAAAGCUAGGCUGAGUGAAGAAAGAGGAAAAACAAGCUCCAUCCCAGUUGUCCUAUCUGACAGCUUUCAAGGUGGGGCUUCCCUCAAGGAUAACAAUAAUGUUCAUAAAGAGCUUUUUUUUUUUUAAUUUACAAAACACUUAUGCUUAUAUGUGAUCCUCACAACAACCCUGUGAGCUAGGGGUUACCCUCAUUUUACAGAUGCUGUUUAAAGAGGUUCAGUGGUCUGUCCAAAGUCACAUGGACAGUGGGUGGCCCAGUCUAACUCAAACCUAGGUCUCGGACUUCACAUCUCCUGUCUCCUCCUCAAAGCCUAAGGGUGCCCAGGGUUGGGGGUGCCACAGUCUUAGCGCCUCCAGAAUACAAAUGUUAUGUAAUAUUCGAGCCCUGUAGGAGUCCUAGCACCACCAGGAGGGAACAUCUAAGCUGUUUACAAAGGAAGAGUCUAGGUCUUCCUGGACCUCAUCAAUAAAUUCCCUUUUUGUCAUUUCUGGCACAAUCACCACUACGCCAAGAGAUCACUACAGAAGGUGAUCUACAUUUCAACAACUCUGGCUCCAACAGAAAUCUUUCUGCUUCCCCUCCCCAGCACCUGGCCUUCAGACUAACAUUCAAAUUUUGUUUUAACUUUAUCUAGUUCUUUUAAAGUGAUGCUAAAUGUGUAGACAGAAUAGUAGUAAUAAGAGGACGUGAAAGGAAAUUAUUAAGGCAUUGGGCUUUUAAGGUAUAUUUUAGAAUUUCCUCUGAGACUUCAUUCUUUUAAAAAACUGAUGUCAACCCAAGGCUUGAGAAUGUAAGAACAGAGAAAAGAGUGCUAAGAAAUUGUCCUUUUCCAAGCAAGGCAUCUACUCUUGGCCUGAUCAUGUGGCCACUGGCUGAGACCAGUAAUUCAUCUACACCAAGGCAAAGGGUAUCUACCUUGUAGGGAAACUCAGUGAGAUGAGGCAAACAACAGAUUUUCACUUGAUCAAAAACUUGUGCUGCUCUUAACCCCUCCUCCCACCCUCAUUCAAAAUCCGGACCUCUAUUUAGGUGCAAGACAGUGAGAAAAAGCAGCUCCAAAAGCUGAUGUGUGCAAGGGGAACCCUUCCCUGUUCAAUCCUGGAAUGUGUUUUGUUAGAGACAGCAUAAGCUCUUGCAUACCCUACCUAUCCCACUCCUGCACCCCAACUGUGAAGGCAGAAGGGAAAACUGCAGGAACAGAAUGUACAUCAAUCACAGACCUGGGAUGUUACAGCGCCCUGACUGGGGCCCCAACUUGAGUGAGGGGAAGAACACCUCAUGAAAACAGUGUACCUACAGUCAAGGUUUCUCCCAGAGCAAACCUUACUUUUUGGUCCAUCGAUCUUGGCUCUCACUGCUCUCCCUGCUUCCCACCCCCACUGCCUCCGCAUGUGGGCUCAGAAGUCAUCAUCUAAAGAAUUCCAUUGCUCACCUCCUGCAUAGCAGCACAGCCCCAUGAGGCCGCACACCAGAUGGAGGGGAUAAAAGUACGAGGUCAUGGCUUCUAGCAAGAGGCUUUUUCUUAAACUAACCCUGACUUCUGGAAAAGAGGCAGAGCAAGAGAGUGUCGGGUGAGCUGCUGACGACAGCAGCUUCAUAGGUCUCGUGCAAAAAGGAAGGAAAAGCCAACUUGGUUUUCAGUGGAAAUUUCCCUACACCCAUCUUCAGGUCUACUGGACACGUCUGCUUCUCAGAAGUGUCUGAGUAGAGUGCAGAGACUGUCAAAGCAAAGGGUUAAGUCCUUCUCAGUUGUAGGGACCUGGCCAGCAGGCUGCCACACACAUGCUGAGGUGGAGGCCAAGCCCUGAACACAUGCCCCGUUUCCUUAGGAAUGCAACUAUGAAGUAAAGGGAAAGGCAAUGGAAGGUGGAUUAGAACUCUGGGGAAACUGAAAAGGUCAUCAGUAGGCCUUUCAAUUGUUUGUGUCUAAUAAAUAAAGACAAGAGGAUGGAAGAGCA